AGGGAAACUAUCCUUCCCUCGUCAAGGAAUUGCUCUGUGUUCCUUAUGCAAUCAUUGACCAAAGGCCUCCGGGCUGAUCUUUGGAUCCUGCUCCUUGGGAAUCAGGAAUCCACCCCAGCUGCACUCCUGAUAAUUGGGACUUUUGCUGGACACAGGUGAGCCUCGCCAAAGGCCAGAGGAAGGCCGGGAGGUAUUAAAACACUCUUCAAGACCGGCCAAGGCUUCCAGGGAGAGUUUGGAUUUGCACUCAGGGAGAUGGCGGCCCUUCGCCUGGUCCUGUCCUGCCUUUUGCUUCCCAUUUUGGCUGCUUUGGCUGCAAAGGAGUCGGUGCUGAACAUGUGCAUGAAUGGCAAGCACCAGAAGACAAAGCCUGGCCCAGAAGAUGAGCUCCACCAACAGUGUUCCCCGUGGAAGGAGCUUGCUUGCUGCACGGCCAACACCAGCCAGGCGGCCCAUCAGGACGUGUCCUACCUCUACAACUUCAACUGGAACCACUGCGGCAUCAUGACCGCCAAAUGCAAGGCCCACUUCAUCCAGGACACCUGCCUCUACGAAUGCUCCCCUAACCUGGGACCCUGGGUCGUCCAGGCGGACCAGUCCUGGCGCCGGGAGCGGAUCUUGCACGUCCCGUUGUGCAAAGAGGAUUGUGAGCAAUGGUGGGAGGACUGCAAGGACGACUACACCUGCAAGGAGAACUGGCACAAAGGCUGGGACUGGUCCACAAAGGUCAACCAGUGUCCCGUGGGCUCCUCCUGCCAGCCCUGGCGCCUGGUCUUCCCUCACCCGAAGGACCUGUGUGAGAAGAUCUGGACCAACUCCUACCAGUUCACCUCCUGGACCCGGGGCAGCGGGCGCUGCAUCCAGAUGUGGUUUGACGCCUCCCAGGGAAACCCCAACGUGGCCGUGGCCGAGUUUUACGCCAACGCAGGGCAGGCCUCGUCCAUUGUCCCCUUGACCUGGAGGGCUUUGUUUGUGACCUCGGCUGCCCUCUUCCUUGUUGCCCUCCAGUGACCUCCUCAGACCAACUGACCUUCCCUGGUCCUCUUAGGAAGGAAACAAAGGAAAAGAAGAUGCAAUGCUCUUUGCGCAUGUUGUGCAAGCCAAACACUCUUUCCAUGGCCUUCCUCUUCCUCCAAAUGAUGCCAGACUACAACUCCCAUCAUCCCUGGCUCUGCUCAGGGGGACAAUGGGAAUUGCAGUCCACGAACAUUAAGGAGUUCAGGAUUUUUUGGAUGUCUAUGUUGUAUAUUUCCUUCCUGAAAUGAUGUCGGACUGCAACUCCCAUCAACCUUGGAGAUGCUGAAAGUGAUGGGAGUUGUGGUUCAGGAACACUGAGAAAAUUGUUUCUGGACUGCUUUCGAAAUGAAGCUGGACUACAAUUCCCAUCAGUCCUGGCUAUGCUGAGUGAUGGGGGUUGUAGUACAUAGAUACAGAGUAGUUCACAAAGAACAAUUGCUUUUGUUCCUCUUCACUGUGUAUUUCUGUCCUAAUGAUGCUGCACUACAACUCCCAUCAGUCCUGGCUCUGCUGAGAGUGAUGGGAGUUGUAGUCCAGAAACACCGAAGAGUUCACAAAAAAAAGUUGCUUUUGUACAUCUUCACUGUGUAUUUCUAUCCUAAUGAUGCUGCACUACAACUCCCAUCAGUCCUGGCUAUGCUGAGAGUGAUGGGAGUUGUAGUCCAGAGACAUUGAGUAGUUCACUGAGGAAAAGAUGCUUUUUGGGUCUCUUCACUGUAUGGAUGUCUAUCCAUAUUAUACUGGACUACAACUCCCAUCAGCCAUGGCUAUGCUGAGGAUGGUGGGAGUUGUAGUCCAUAAAAUUUUCAAUUUUACAGGUUGCUUUUGGGCUUCUAUGUUGCACAUUUCUGUCCAAAUGAUAUCUCGUACUACAACUCCCAUCAGUUUCGGUUAUGCUGAGAGUGAUGGGAAUUGCAGUCCAUAAAUAUUUUCAAUUUUACCUAUGCUUUUGGGCUUCUAUGUCGCACAUUUCUGUCCAAAUGAUGUUAUACUACAACUCCCAUCGGUCUUGGCUAUGCAGAAAGUGAUGGGAGUUGCAGUCCAGCAACACUGAGAAUGGUUGCUUUUGGACCUCCACUGCUGUGUUGCGCAAAUAGAUGAAAAAAUAAAUACAUUAAAUCUGGCUCUUAAAUA